AUGACUCAGGUUCAGCUAUCACCAUGCAGAAACUACGUUGGCCAAAUCCAGCCGUUGGAAGAUCUGAUUGUGUUGAACAUUUUUCAAACUCCACACAAUACUCUACACCGCUCUUUCCAAAUGAUUGAGUUAAUACAGAGUAGGAUUUCUCUUGAGGAAAUUCCUACCUCGCUUGACAUUAGCUUUCAAUGGGAGUACCCCCACAAUGGAAGGGAAUGUAAAAAAUUGGCAGUAUUGGCUCGAAAUAUGUCAGCGUUAUUUAUCCUAGAUAUAAACAAAGACGAGAGUUCACUGGUGUUGAUACGGCAACCCCAAACCGAAGGAAUCGAGUCAUUUCAAUGGAUAAUACCGACUGAAAGUGAAGAGGCUGCUGGCCACUCAAACAGCUCACAACUAUUGCUAUUUUCAACAUCCAGCUUGAGUGCUAAACUAUUUUCCUUAGACUGCACACACAAGCUAUUUACGGUAGACAAACCGUUGAGUGAUCGUGUUAUCUAUCGCAGGACUACAAAUGGCACAUUCUGGUGCUUGAUUGCUGACACUUUUGAGUACAAUGUACCUCCAACGAUGAAUCAAUUUCUAAACACUGGCCCUCUCAGCAUACCAGUGAACUCAGUUAGAUUUCAAAAUUUUGUUUCCGAAGAAGCUCAUGUGGACUGGUCACCUAGUGGGAACUGGCUACAGGUUCUAGAUCGGAAUGAAACUUUAUCAGGGUACUCUUUAAAGGUAUAUGGGUCGAAUGGUAGUGAUGGACCCGAUUUGGCUAAACCGUUGGUGGAUAUUGAAUUUGCAAACGAAGUCGAAGUCGAAGUCGAUGGUAUGGUAAAAACCUUAAAGGGAGCAACACAAAGUUGCUGGUUCUCGUCUGAUGACGAGGAACUCCUACUAUUAGCAAGGGUCAUGGGACAUAAUUUGGAGCUUCAAGUAGUAUCAAUGAAAUUGUUAAAAGUGGUUAAACGCAAGGUCAAGAACUUGAAAAAUACUGCUCCCGAUUUGAGCAGUAAAGGGUCCCUCGAAGUAGGAGUCAAGAAAGUUUUUCAGCUCCAUGAGUUUUUCUUUGUACAACUAGGCAACCAUUUGCUAUAUUGCUUCCGAUACUACCUGGAUGAGUUGAAAUUUAUCACAAACAUAGAAAGUCGUCUGGAAAUAGUCGAUGUAAUUGUUGACAAGGAUCGGUGGUUCAUCAUUACUACACACCAAAUUCUACUUCACGAGAAAAGCAUCGUGAGACCAAUAUUCUCGACCAAUGAGACAAUAUACUUCACAUCACUACUUGACAAAGAGUCCCUUAUUGUACUUAACCAGGGACCAAGGAGCGAGCUUUGGAUUUACAUUAAUAUCAAUCAAGCAACACAGAACAGCCAGAAUAAAAGUGCUGCUGGUAAUCAGCUGAUUGACGAGAUGACUGACACAUUUGCGAUGCGCAAACGGGCAAGAAUAAAGUGA